AUGGAUCCGGGAUUUGUGCAGAUUCGGCUUUAUUUGGUGGUACCAUUUUGGCGGAUGGUUCGAGGGCUUUUUCCGAUUCAGAUUCUGCCGUCCAAUGUAGCAGGGGGUGGACUUGUUCGAAUUCGAUUCGUUCUGCUGGUGCUGGAUUCGGAUUCGGCCGCGUGGAGUACGGCGUCUCGGAACUGUCAAGAGUGUAAGCAGUUUCACUAUUUUGGUCGAACUUUUCGUAUUCGGCAAUUAUUUCUUGGAUAUCUUUGA